UUUGCAGAUGAUGCCAAGCUGCGUGGUACAAUUGAUGUGCCAGAGGGAUGGGAUGCCAUCCGGAGGGACCCGGAUAAGCUAGAGAAGUGGGCCUGUGUGAACCUUAUGAGGUUCAGCAAGGCUAAGUGCAAGGUCUUCCACCUGGCUCAGGGCAAUCUGCAUUAUCCGUACAGGGCAAAUGCUUUGUUUAAUAUUUGGAUCAAAUAUAAGCCUCGACUGCCAGAGUGGUAUUACAAUGAAAAACUUCUGAAAAUUGGUGAUUCCCUUGCUCAGAUCAAAGAGUAUAAGCUGGCACUUCUACAGUGCUAUGGAAGAUACCUUCAGCAGUUUGUUUCUGGAAGCCUUGAUGAUAUUGUAGAUGAUGUGCAUCAAUUUAAAACCACCUUUUUUCCCAAUGGUUUCAGAGACAAAAAUGCAGCACUUACGGUAUUUGCUCGCCGUGGUCUGAUUAAAAUUGAUGAACUGAAGCAAUUAGAAAAUACCAGUUCUUCGUCAGAAAAUUCAGAGACAAAAAAAAUUUUUAGAGAGGCCACUCUAAAGAUGUCAGUAUUGAUUUUCAAGAGAGCAGUAUAUGAAUCCAGAAGAAAGCCAAAAACCCAGGUUCGGCCUAAGUUAAGAGUUAGUCUGAAAGAAGCACAAAAUUUGCCAUGGCCUCGCACUGCUACUGAACAGCUGCUGACAGAAAUGUUUGACGGUGUUGCAGCUCAGUUCCUCGCCAUCCUGGAAGCUCUGUCUGAUAGCAACAGGCGUGUAUUGCACCCUGCUCCACCUGUUCCUGAUGAAGUUGAAAUUCAUAAUGUCAUUUCAGAGCUUUUUUUUGCAGGCCUGGAAAUCCUCUCAGGUGGAGUGAGCAGUACUGAUGUUCAAGGAAGUCCUUCCACUGAUUGUUUUGGUAUGAUUAAUACAUCGUCAACUCUGCUGCAGUUGAUAUUAACAGCUUUCAGCUAUGAAGAGUGGGACGUGUUUGAUUCUGCUAUUGAAGUUGUUGUUAGUUUUCUUCAGACUCAGGAUGACCCAACAUUUAAGAAAGCUGAAAUGGAACUCAAACUUCUUACACUGAUGCGACCUUUACUGUAUCCAGGAAAAUUGAAACACAGUGUUUCUAUUACUGAAAAUGAUACCAAGGAAACUUGUAUUUCUCAGGGUUCUGAAAAGAAGCAAACAUUCAGAAAUAUAAUUUGGAUAUUGCCCCAGUUUGAGCAUAACUGGGAUACACACAUUUUGGCUUCAGUGCAAUAUUUUCAGUCAAAAUAUCUGUUUUGUGAGAAUAUCCAGCCUGACGAAGAAAUACUUGUUGAUGUAAUAAAGUUUUUGUGGCAGAAGUGUAAAACUGGACUUCACCGAAUCCAAAUGAGUGGAAGUGACUACUUAAAAUACAUCCACAAAUACAAAGCUUACCAAAAAAGUCCUACAGAACAAUUACAAGUUGCUUAUGAAAGUCUAGAGAAAGCAAUUAAUGGAAUGAACACAUCUCGCUUAAUGACCCUUGUACCAGAUGGAAAGUCGAUAUUUGACAACACUACAAAGGUUGACUCAAAUGAUCAGAAUUGGAAUUCUAUUUUGGAAUGUGGUAAAGAUGAGACAGGAACAGGUAACAGUUUUGUAAUGGAUUUACACUUGGAGCUCAUUCAGGCCCAGCAUAGAGUGGCUGUGAAACUUCUUAAAAUGACACAAGAUGCCGAAAAGGAUGACAGAAGUUGUAAGUCUAGCAAGUCUCAUAUGAAGAAUAUUAAAGAUAUCCAUUAUUUAACAGAGGCACGUAUAAUGAGAAAAAUAAAAAAGAAUAAACUAUCCAGGUCAAUCUUUUUGAUGCAAAAGGCUGCACAGAAGUUCCCUAAUGAGUUAACCACUUCUUCCCAAAGGCAGCUACUGGAGGAAGCACUAACUUUAAUUGAGCAAGUUGAAGCUGAACAAAGUGCAUUGUAUCACAGUCUCAAAGAAGCUAUUAGCAGCAAGAAAAAAACCAAGACUCCUCCUCCUCCUCUAUUACUUUCUAGAUCACAUUGCUCCAUGACAUUUAAACCAGCCCCAUUCUCUUCAGAUAUUCAGGUUUCGUGGUACAGUAUUUUGGGCUGUGUAGCAGGAGGAAGUAAUACGAAAGUAAGGUUAAAUAACAAUAAACUUCCAAAUGCAGGAGAAGAGAUACCAGCUGAUGGGAAAAGCCUCUUGGAAAUACAAGGCUUAGAUCCCAAUGAAAAAUACAUAUUUGCAGUCGCGGCAUAUUCUUCGGAUGGAAAACUUAUUGGUGAUGCCAUUGGGGAAAUGACUAAGCCAAUCCUUGCUUAUCCACCUCUUUCUGUUACUACUGUUCGAGCCUAUCUAACGCAGGUAGCCUAUCAGACUGGCAACUAUACGCUAGCCAGAGAAACAUUUUCACCAAUGUGGGAUUAUUUUGUUUCAAAGUCUCCUACGCUGCCUGCCAACGCAGCUGUUAUUUCUGCAAGCAGUACUUUGACUAUAUCUGAAAACAGGUUACGUUUGGAAGCAGUGUGUCAGACUUCUCCUAUUACCUUACACCAUUUUUUGAGGAGUAUAUUUGCUAUCUGUGACAUCAAUGUCAUGGAAGGAGCACUCUUCUGUGAUUCCAUCAGUUCCAAUGAGAUACUUUAUAAGGAGCAAGUUGCUAGAUUAGCAGAAUGUGAAAGAAUGACUGCGGCAAUUGAGCUUAGCAAUUGGCUGAAUGAUGCAAGUUAUACCCUGCAGGCUGUUGUACAAUGUUAUGGUCUUCUUGCUCCAAUUAUUUAUCACAAGAUUUCUUCAGUGCCAGUAGUUCAGAUUCUUAUUAAAUGCUUGGCUAUCCUUCAAGAAAUUCCAAGUGCUACUUUGCAGAGAAGGCAAGCAGGAGGUUAUGAGAGUAUUCAGCAUAUGAUAGCUUGUACUUCAUUUUAUACAGCAAAGGUACUACGUUCAUGGAAAGAAUACGAACUAGCAGUAAUUAUUGUUAACUAUGGGAAAACGUUGUUGAAUUACUCAUCAGCAACCUCAGCCUGCCUAUCAGAAGAUAUGAAAACUAAAGAAAGACACACUAAGAAAGAAGUUAAAACCACUUCUGCAAAGAGAUCUCAUUUAGCUGCAAUGGAAAACGCAACAGAAAAUCUAAGUGCUCUUGAAUCAGAUCUUCUCAGACUGACAAAACCAGCUCGUGGAUCAGCACUUACAGGACAGGAAGAUCCUUUGCUCCUCUACCCUGUAAUUUCAUGUUGGACAUCAAAGACAGCUUAUCAAGAAGUGAUGAAAUUCAGAAUGCAAUCACGUUUUAUUGAGUUCUUUGUUCAAGUUUUGCACAAAAUCCUGAAUGAAGAGAUGUUUCAAUGCGUUCUGGAAUGGGCAAACGAUGUGGAAGUUUACUUGAAAAGGAGGAGCAACCACCUUUUCUGUAUCAAUGGAAUUUCAACACCAGAAACAAGUUCUCCCACUCUUUCAGAAGGCAUGGAUGGAUGUAAAAGCAUGAAGACCUCAGUUUUAAAGGAACCAGGGACAUCAGCUUUGAAGAAACCAAGAAAAGAAACCUUGAGUCCUACUCGAAAAAAACAGACUCUUAGACACUAUUUAAUGAAACAUCCAAACAUAAUGACAUCUCCAGAAGCACAAAGGAAAUGCAAGGAAAAGUUGCAAAAAGUAGCUUGUCAAACCUUAGUGAUACUGCUGAAGCCAAUUGUGAGUAAUUAUUUAAACCGAAAGAGGUUUCGUCAAAUGUGUCUUGAAGAGAUGCCCUGGAGGUCUCAGAUGAAUAUCUACCUGGCAGUUGCACACUACAACUUAUUUAAAAAGAAAGUAGAAGAAGAAUUUAAGAUUGAAAUUUAUGGUUCACAGUAUCUGAACAGUUACAAUGUUUUGGAUCCUGAAAUAUUCUCAUUAAAUAAUUCUGGCACUGUAGUGGUGAGAGAAACUGUAAAGUAUAACAUGAGAACACCAACUUCUCCUCUCCUUAAGUCAGGAAUGACCAAAAACCAAACUUGUACAGAUAAAUCUCCUGAGCAUAUCAUUAAACUGAGUGGAACAGAUACUCCUCAAAUUCAAACAACAAAUGAUACAGAAAUAUCCAUCUCUUGUUCCUCCAAAGAAUACAACCAUCCUCUUUCAAAUGCCAUUUUAUUGGAGCAUUUUACAAAAAUUUUUUUGCAUUUAAGAAAAGCAGUGGUUCUUGCUCACCGUGGUGGCUACUGGACGUUACUUCAAAAUGCUUGUCGAGAACUUUGGAACUAUACUCAAGAAUUACAGUUGAUGGUUAACCAUUCACAUGCCCAUAUGGAUGUAUUUCCCAUUACCUGGGAUUAUCUUAGGAACACUGUCUGGUUCCCAUUUUAUUUGGCAUCCGACAUGCUCAUUGAUAUGAUAACUGAACUACAGGCAAGCAGAUCUCUCAAGAUUGUGGAUCCUGAAGGAGACUUCUGCAUUCCGAGUUGUUUAGGAGGAAUUAUCGACGAGAAUGGUGGUUCUAAUCUCCACCCACAGUCUCCCCUGGAUGAUGUGCAUGUAGUUGACUUGAAAUUGAUAUGUAAUCUGAUUCUUAAAACAAUAGAAUUGUUAUAUCAAAUGGAGAAGUGGGAAGCACUGGUACACAUAGCUGUACAGUUUAACAUAUUUACACAUGAGAGAUACACAGAACAAGUGAGUCCACUGCUGGUGUAUGCUCAGAGGCAGCUGCUGGAAAGGAUACAGCAAUUCAGUGGCCCAGACAGACGUGAAUCUCAUUUCAUAAAAUAUUUGUCUGAUAAUGCACACAAGAUGAAUUGCAGAAACUACAUAGGGCAGAAAUUACAGCUGACUGUUGCCGAUUCGGAUAACAAACCAAUUUUUCCUGGAUGCUUUCACUAUCCAGAGAUGAAAAAUGAUUAUACAGAAAAUGCUGGAAGAGCAAUCAGCGGUCGUACCUCUUCAACUAGGAGGCUGGUAUUUAGCGUGGGAGCUGAAAUGAUGUUUCUACCAGCGCCGCAUGACCUUUCUCAAGAAAAUUUUAAUUACUCUGAAAUCCUUGGAAUAAACAACCAGAGAGACCUCAAGGUUCAGGCUUUACAUGAGCUUGGAAAUCUUCGCUUUUACGCUGGAAACAAAAGAGCUGCUUUUAAAUAUUGGUGUCAAGCCCUUGAUGAAACACUCAACAUUGCUGAUGCUCUUAACAACUGGCAAGAGUUAGGUUUUCCAAAAAAUGCUACAGGUGACUGUUUUUCAUUUAGAAGAUUGAUUGAUGUUAGUCAGAAACUUCUUUCUCAGGCUGGAGUUUGGGGAUGUUUACAUGCAGCCAUCUUAGUGGCUAAAAUAGCUCAGUAUAUAAUAACAUCAAAGAUGAGAUUAAGAACUAAAUACUGCUAUUUUUCUGCUAUACUUUUUAAGACCCUGUUUAGAGCUUCUCUGCCACAUCCGACGUCUGACUGUGACUUUGCACAAUAUGAAACAAAUAUGCUUAUUCCUGGUAUUGAUUUGUUCUCUGAUCGCUACAGAGCUGACAUCUCUACUGUAGUUGCAAGUCUGAACUUCAUUAUGUUCGAGCUACAUUGUGCAAAACAAAAUUUAAUAAUUUUACCACUGUUCACGUUAUACCAAUACAUUGUUUCUGAGAUUUGUAAGGACCCAGUUAAAUGUAUUGAAGGGAGAAUCCUCAAGAUUAAAGUACUUACAGAUUUAGGAUUUUUUACGGAGGCUGUUCAUGAAUUGUCUUUGCUUAACUGUGGAGAGAGAAUUCCAUGGAAAAUACCUGCAGGAUACAGAAAAAUUGAACAAAUGAAGGUCUUACAGAAAUUUGACUCCUCCAAAUCUCUCCUGACUGUUACAAAUUUACAGGUACUGGAAGACAUAUUUAAUUGGAGCCUGUCUUUAACAGCGGUGCCACUGUGCAACCAACAAAUUAUGAAUAAAUUAACCCUAGCCAAAAUGCAUUUCAUCAUUUGCCUUUCUGCCACAAUAAAUAAUAUACCUGAAAAUGUGGCAAACCAUGUCUAUUCUGUUGAUAACAACAGCCUGAAGAAGUCAAGCAGAAUUAAAACACCAAGUACAAAAGUUGAUGCUGAUAAAAUUCCAAGACAACAGGAACCAAGAAGCACAAUGGUGCAGCUCGUUGACUGUAAAGAUGAAUUAAAUAUGGCUACGCUGAAGGGGAUUUUAUUGACAGAAGCUGAAGGGAGUCUUUGUCACCUUGUGCAGAACAUACAGGACAAAUAUGAGGGGGAGAUAUCUCAGUGUUCUGUUGAAGAUUUAGAGGCUCUUAUUGAGGCCAAACUUCAGCUUGCCACUAUUUCUCAGCAAAGACAUCAAGCAGCUUUCACUGUUGCUUUGGCUUUCUCUGCAAUUCGACUUCUUCAAGAUGCAAAAAUUUUUAGGAUAGAAGUGACACAUUUUCAAGAAGAAAAGGAUGAACGGCAGUGUUUGGACUCUUACACCGAAGAUGUCCAACUGCCUCACAGUGUCACAGCACGAGAUCGUAUGAACGUGCAUCUAUGGCUAAGGUGUCGCACAAUGUUAGUGACUGCACUAGUAACACAGAUACAUGGUGCUGGAGACAUGAGAGAAAAUGAUCUGGCUGAACGCAGAAGUGUGAUAAAAGAAGCAAUACUAGAGGCAGAAGCCUUUGGUGAUAUUGAGACUCAGGCUGAAAUGAUGGUGCAAGCUGCUAUUCUUGACCUGCAAGAAAAAAGUCCCGUGGCAGGCAUUAAACUUCUUCUGGAGAAUAUCAUCAGUUUACUCCAAGAGGAUACAUUCAUUUCUCCUCCAGCUUCUUUGACUCUUGUGAAGAGUAUGCUCCUUCUGGCAGACAUUCAAACACUGCGAAGAGCAGAGGAUACAAAACAUUGCUCUUCUACAGUGGAACCAUUAAACUUACUAACCUCGGCACAUGAGCUUACCAUUAAAGAAAUGUUUGUUUGUGGAGAACCCAUUGAACAGCAAAUAGAAGACAGUACAUUGACCUGCCUGGUCCUACCUGCAAAAAAUAUCUACUUGCCUCAUAUCAACUUGCUAGCCCAAGUCAAAAUGAAAAUCGGACAGACAUUAGCUGAGAAAAUAGCUCAUACACCUGCAAGAGGAGAUCCACAGCAAUGGCUACAUGCUCUCAAACACUUAGAAUCUGCAUUGAAGCUUUGCAGAGCCUCUGCAACAAAAAAAUUAGACAUGGAAGCCGAACUUCUUUAUCAGAUAGGUAUGGUGGAACGCCAGAUAGCUGAAGCAGGCAAUAACAAGUCAUCUCAAGCUGUUGAACACCUAUUGGAGGCUAUAAAAGUUAGCCAGAAACUUGAUCAAAACUUUGAGUUAAUAAGAAGAUCGUACCUUGAAAUAGCACUAUUAUAUUUACAUUUUGCCGCAAAUAAUGAGGAUGUCUCACAAACAGAUAACAUAGUGCUUUCCAAAUCAAACACCACUUCUGGAGAACUCUCUUCUGAGCAGGCUCCGAAAUCAGAAGGCUACAAAGCACAAGCCUGGAUUGCAGUAAGAGCAGCUACACAGGUCAGUGAAUCUGUGAUUGCUUCUCAGCUAUUAAUUGGAGUGAAGAGUGUUAAAGAGCACAGCAUGAAGGAUGCAGUUCAACAGAAAAUCCCACCAUUUGCUUCCAUGGAUCUUCUUGCUUCGUACAGAGUUUUCUUAUCCGAUGGAUACAAUGUUGUCUCUGAAAGUCCCAAAGUAUCUUCUGCUGAAAACAAACAAAUCAGUCAAGGCAAGCAGAGCCAAAAUGAAGAAACAGAAAGUCUUGCCACCGAUGCCAGCCUGAAGAAAGAAACAAUAACAUGGGUUCACUUAAUUCGCUACCACAGCGAUUUAAAAAGACUUUACAAAACAAACCUAUAUG